UCUCUGUGUCCACGUCAAACCUGACAGCCGUCGCCGCAGCCGAGCCGAUAAUGGCUGCAGUUGAGGUGGCACUUUGUGGACUCUGUGUUUCUCCGGAAUAAACAUCGAGUGAAAAACUUUCUGUGAGGUUCAUCCGGGUUCCCGCGGAGCCGUUACGUCAUUUAACCGCCGCUCAGGUGUAAAGAUCGACGGUUAGCUAGUCUUCCUCCAGGUGAGCGAUCAGCUGUGAUUAUCUGGACUCCGUGUUCAAAGAGCGGCUGUCAGCCUGAGCAGAGACUUUGUUUAAGAAGUUUAAAGUUUAGUUUAAAACCUCCGAGGUGAAGAGUUUAUUACUGAACUUAAUGACGAAGUUAUCAGCUCCGGAGGUUAAGCUAAGCUAGUUAGCAUCCCCCCCCCUCGACCCCUCUCGAUCCUCUCGAUCCUCGGCCCUGCUUUGUUUUGGUUCGGUCUCGUCGGGCUGCUCCUCCCCUGAACAUGUCGUCCUGGUUGGGGGGAAUCGGCUCCGGCCUCGGUCAGUCUCUGGGGCAGGUCGGGGGCAGCCUGUCCUCCUUCACCGGUCAGAUAUCAAACUUCACCAAAGACAUGCUGCUGGAGGGAGUGGAGGAAGUGGGAGAUGCUGCCACUGAGCUGCAGGUGUCCAAUUCCAGGUUGGCUGAAGUGGAAGCUGCUUUCACCUCUCAGAAAUCUGAGUACGACAGACUGAGGAAGCUUUAUGCAGAGCUGGAGGAGAAGCUGGAGGCCUCAGAGAUCCAGAUUAAAGGACAGUCUGCAGAGUACCGAUCCCUCCUGCAGCAGAAAGACGUGGAGAUCAGUCACCUGAAAGCUCGGCAGAGUGGACUCCAGGAAGAGGUCCAGACGCUGCAGCAGUCGGCUCAGUCCUCCUCGGGCGGUCCCGCGUUGCUUCCCGUCACCACGUCCGCCUCGUCCACCACCUCCUCGUCCGUCUCCUCGUUCCUGUCCCGGCCCUCGGGGUCCCAUCAGGGCUUCCACAGUGACGAGAUGGACCUCAGUGACGUCAUCUGGUCGCAGCAGGAGAUCAACAGGCUGUCCACUGAAGUCCUGCGUCUGGAGGCCGAGGUGGCUCACUGGAGGAGAAUGUCUCAGGCAUCAACAGCAGCAGGAAGUGGAAACGGCGAUCAGAGCGACAUUCACAAACUUCAGCGAACUAUAAAGGAUCUGCGAGAGGAGAUGAGUCGAGAGGUGGAUGAACACCAGCAUGAACUGGCCGCUCUGCAGGACGCUCAGCGGCAGAAGCUGGCCGACAUCACGCGGCGACACAGAGACGAGUUAGCCGAGUACGAGGAGCGGAUCGAGGAGCUGGAGGAGCAGAUUCAGAGCGGUGGAAGUCAACCCGCUUCCCCUUCAGACGCCUCCAAGCUGCCUGACCUGGAGAAGACCGUGGGCUCCCUGCAGGAGGCUGCAGACCGACGGGAGGAGCAGCUGGAGGAGCUGUCUGCACGGCUGGAGGAGGCGCAGAAGAAGCAGUCCUCGCUGCAGCUGGAGAAAGAAGAAGUCCAGGAGGAGAACGCCGGGCUGCUGCAGAACUACACGCGGCUGCAGGCGUCCGUCUCCGAGCUUCAGACCCGCGUGCAGGAGCAGGAGGGGAAGGCUCUGCAGAAAGCUCAGCUGGACAACGAGAUCCAGGUGUUGAGGAAAAAACUCACAGACACAGAAAUAGAAAUGGAGAGACUGAAAAGCCUGGCUGAGGCGGAACCAAAAGAAGAAGUUGAGCAUGCAGACAUCUUAGAACUGAACACCAUCAUCGGGACACUGAGACAAGAAAAAGAAGUUGUAGAACAAGAAAAGCUUGAUCUUCAACAAAGACUGAAACUGGCAGAGGAACAGUUAUCAAGUGGUAAAGAAGAAGCGGAGUCUGGUGAAUGGGAGUCGUUGGAGGAUCUGAAGGCGGAGCUUCAGAGGAGAGAAAAAGCUCUGAGGAACACCGAGGAGGAACGAGACACCCUGAUGUCCGAGCUGGAGGAACUAGACCAGCAAAACCAGGAAGCAACACAGCACAUGAUCUCUGUGAAGGAGCAGCUCAGCGGACAGCUGAAGGAGGCCGAGGCAGAAAUGACGAGGCUGACUGCUGAGCUCAGCAAGACCAAAGACCUGAAGAAAGAACUGGAGCAAGAGCUGGAGACCCAAAAGGAGAAAAUUAGCCAGAGUGCUUUCACCCUGAACGACCUUCACAUGAGCAAACAGCAGCUGGAAGGGACAGUGAAGGAGCUGAGAGACAAACUGGGACUGGCACAGGAGAAGAGCAAGGAGGCAAGAAGAGAAACGACAGCGCUGAAGAAGACGCUGCAGGAGAGAGAGGAGCAACUGUGUGCUGCUAGAACAAAGUUAGAUCAGGCAGGGGAGAGGGGAACUGAGGCACAGGGAGACACAGAGAAGCUAGCAGGGAAGGAGAGGGAGUUCUCAGAGCUGAGGAGAGAGUUGGAUGAGUUGAGGCGCUCUCAGGAGAAGGUGUUGAGUGAGGACUACGAGUUAAAGAUGGAGAACAGAAAGUUGAUAACCGAGAGCGAGGAAGCAAACAGGCACAUGAAAGAAAGCCAGACGUCUCUGAAUCGAUCGGUACGGGAGAAGGACACUCGUAUCGAAGCUCUGAAGCUGGAGAAAAACCAACUCGAGGGGGAGUUGAGGCAGGCUGAGAGCACGCUGACAGAGCAGGCCAAGCAGUACCAGCAGACCAUCGAGGAGUUGACCCGCGCCCGCUCCAUGGACGCUUCAGCUCUGCAGACGGAGCACGAGAGGGCCAUCAAACUGAACCAGGAGAAAGACAUGGAGAUCUCUCAGCUGAAAAGGGACAUCGAGCAGUUAGCGUCCGACCACAGAGACACCAACGAGAUGCUUUCGAUCACGGUCGCGGGGCAGAAGCAGCUGACGGAUUUACUGCAGGAGAAGGACGUCUUCUUGGAUACGUUGAAACAAAACGCCUCCGAUUUGCAGGCGGAGAUGGAGAACAGUAUUUCAGUUGCGACAAAGGAGGCGGAUACUCUCAGACAGGCGCUGGAGGAGAAGGAUAAACAGCUGGGAGGCAUGAAGGAGGAGAACAGUCACUUAAAGGAAGAGAUCGAUCGACUGAGGGAUCAGCAGAGCAGACCUCUGCCUCUGUCCGAGCCCAGGACUUUAGACAUCAUCACCGAGCUGGAGACAGAGAUCACACAGCUCAAAUCCUCCAGAAACAGACAGGAGGAGGAGGUCCAGACUCUGAGGAGAACCUUAGAGGAGCAUCAGGCCUCUCUCCUCCUGUCACAGCACUCCCUCCAGGCUCAGCAGAGCGAGCUCGAGCAGGCACACGCUCGCCACCAGCAGACCACGCUCAACUACGACAGGCUCAUCCACGCCCGAGAGGACGAGAUAUCCCGCCUCCAGCUGACUGUGGAUCAGCUCAGCGAAAGCCGAGGGCGAGCCGACUCCCCUCCCGUGCGGGGGGACGUCAUCCUGCAGGAGGAGAAAACACAGACUCUCAAUCAGGACAACGGCAACGAGAAACACGACCUGUCCAAGGUGGAAAUCGAGAAGCUGGUGAGAGGCAUCAAAGAGAAAGAGACUGAGAUCAGUCAGCUGAACGAGAAGAACCUCUCCCUGACCCGACAGCUCGAUCAGCUGCUGGUGUCUCGGGAUGAAGUGGGCAAACUGUCCCAGGUGAUCCUGCAGAAGGAUCUGGAGAUCCAGGCGCUUCAUGCCAGAGUGACAUUAGGUGGAGUUGGAGGACACGCCCAGGAUAUCAUGUAUUUACAGCAGCAGAUACAGGCCUACGCUGUGGAGAGAGAGCAGGUGUUAGCAGUACUCAACGAGAAGACCAGAGAGAACAGCCAGCUGCGCUCAGACUACCACCGCCUCAUGGACAUCAUGGCCGGGAAGGAGGCGGCUCUGCUGAAGCUCCAGCAGGAGAACCAACGCCUCUCCAACAUGAGCGACCCCUCAGGAAGCCAGGAGAUGUUCAAGGAGACCAUCCAGAACCUGUCCCGCAUCAUCCGGGAGAAGGACAUAGAGAUCGAUGCUCUGACGCAGAAGUGCCAGACCCUGGUGACCGUCCUGCAGGCGUCGGGGGGAGGAGACUCUGGAGGCGUCAGCAGCAACCAGUUCGAGGAGCUGCUGCAGGAGAGGGACACGCUGAAGCAGCAGGUGAAGAAGAUGGAGGAGUGGAAGCAGCAGGUGAUCACCACCGUCAAGAACAUGCAGCACGAGUCGGCUCAGCUGCAGGAGGAGCUGAUCAAGCUGCAGGGUCAGGUCUCUGAAGACAGCGACUGCAGCUCCAAGCUGACGGUGGACUACAGCCGCUUGAUCCAGAGCUACGAGCAGAAAGAGAGGAGGCUGGGGAGUCUGAGUCAGGAGCUCGCUCAUGUGCAGCAGACCAUCACAAAGCUCAGCUCCACCAAGGACGUCCUGCUGGGUAAACUUGACAGCGUGGUGCAGACUCCUGAAGUCAUAGCUGCUCAUUCAAGUGGACCUCUUCUCACAGCUGAAGCUCCGAGCCAGCAGACCUCUGCAGCAGAAGUGAAUAUUGAGAAACUGCAGGAAGAACUCGCCCGAUUGCAAGCUCAAUUAGCUGAGAGGGAAAAUACCAUCCGGACUAUCCAAGAGAACAACCACCGGCUCUCCAACUCAGCGAAUGCCUCAGAGAUCGAGCAGAGGAGUCAAGCUGAGGGAGCCCGGCAGGUCAAAGAGAGGCUGGAAGCCCUUCAGAGGUCUGUGAGGGAGAAAGACCUGCUCAUCAAAAGCAAAGGAGACCAGCUGAGUCAGGUCAGCGAGGCGCUGCGCAACCGAGAGAACGACAACGAGGUCCUGAAGCAGGCCGUCACAAACCUGAAAGAGCGCGCUCUGAUUCUGGAGAUGGACGUGAAGAAGCUGAAGGAGGAGAACGAGCUGGUGGCCGCGCGCUCUCGAGAGAAAGAGUCCGAGUUCAGAGCGCUGCAGGAGACCAACAUGCAGGUUUCUCUGCUGCUCAGAGAGAAAGAGUUUGAACUGAGCGCCGUGAGCGAGAAGGCCGCCACUGUGGAGAAGAUGCUCCAGGACAGAGAGCAGGGAAAGUCCGGCGAGCUGAAUCAGCUCCUGAAUAAACUGAAGUCCAUGCAGGACAAAGCCGUGGCCUUCCAGCAGGAGAGGGAUCAGGUGAUGAUGGCGCUGAAGCAGAAACAAAUGGAGACGACGGCAGUUCAAGCCGAGCUUCAGCACGUGAGAGAUAAAGAACAGCGUCUCAACCUGGAGCUGGAGAGGUUGCGUAAUCACCUGUUAGAGAUCGAGGAGUCGUACACGAGGGAGGCGGUCUCUUCAGAGGACCGGGAGACGGAGCUGCGGAGGAGGGUGGCCAUGCUGGACGAGAAGCUGGCAACUUCUUCAAGUGCUGUGGAGAACGCCAGCCAACAGGCCAGCAUGCAGGUUGAGUCUCUGCAGGAGCAGCUGAGCGGAGCGGUGAAGCAGAGAGACGACGCUCUCGCACAUCUCCGGACCUCACAGGAGCAGGUCAACCAGUACGCAGUGUCGCUCUCCAACCUGCAGAUGGUGCUAGAGCAGUUUCAACAAGAGGAGAAAGCCAUGUACUCUUCAGAGCUUGAGAGGCUCAAGAGGGACAAAGAGGAGUGGAGAAGAAAAGCUGAGAGGCUGGAAGACCAGGCAUCUGCACUCCAGAUAAACCUGGACGAAGCGAACGCUGCUCUGGACUCGGCGUCCCGUCUCACCGAUCAGCUGGAUCUGAAGGAGGAGCAAAUGGAGGAGCUGAAUAAACAAGGUGAGCUGCAGCUGCUUAUGUUGGAGGAGGACGGGCGUCACGGGGUCACGGGAUGGGUGUCGAGCUGGCUGGGAGGCAGAGGAGCUCAAAGUGUCCCCAACACUCCCCAGAGGCCGACCAGCACCAGCGUGCUCAACUCGUCGUUCUCAGAGAUGUUUGUAAAGUUCCUGGAGAUCGAGUCGACGCCCUCUCUGCCUGCACCGAGGCUUCCAGUUCACGACAUCAAGCCUCUGAGCGCCCCGCCUCCAAGACGAACCGCCGCUUCUGCCUCCAGCACGGCCACGGGAGCUGCAGCAGCCGCUAAGCGAGCCGGAGACUCGAACCCCUUCCUGGCGCCGCGCUCCGCUGCAGUGCCCCUGCUGGCCAGUUCAGGUUCUGCCGGCUCAGGUGGAGGUCACCUGCUGAUGAAGCCGAUCUCUGACAACCUGCCCACCUUCACACCUGUGCCGGUCUCAGCGGAGGCCAGCGCUGGAGCCGUGCUCAAAGACUUGUUGAAGCAGUGAUCAGAGAGACGCGCUCAUGUUGACACUACACAGACGGAGACUCGUUUAUCAUUCCUACUUAAAGUCUAUAAAGGUUAUUCUGGUGUUUUUAAAUCUGGGACUUUUGGGUCUAAAUGACCGACAGGUAGAAAUGAUGACAUCAUCUGAACCUGCCGGCUGCAGAAUCAUGAACUGUAGUGAACACGCUUUGAUUUGGUGCUUUCUGUCUAAAAGAAUAUUUUAGAGCCGUGAAGCAGAGGACACACUGCACGACUUCACGCCCGUUAUUCAACCAGGUUUUGAGUUAAAUCAGUGAAUUUAAAGUCCGGCUAAAUGUCUGCUCGAUGUGUGUCGUCUGUGCUCAUAACGGACCGAUCAGCUGCUCCCGACCGCUCGGAUGAUUUUCUAUCAUGUACACAGUCAGAGCCGAUUCACAACACACACUGUCAGAGUCUAAAAUCACCAUGGCAACAGCAGGCAUGCCUGUUAAUAACUUAUCGUCAUUUGACCCCAUAGAUAAAAACUAAAACAGAUCAGUGUUUUAAAAAUACCAGAUUAACCCAUUAAUGCUCCCUUUGUUUGGGGGGGGGGGGGGUCAUACAUUUUAUUUUUUAGGUUUUUACUUUGAGUUACUGUUCUAUGCAUCAGAGUCUCCCUUUACACAUCAGUACCAGUGUUCACACUCAUCACUACUGUCAGGUGUUGACACACGAGUUAAUAAUGUUCAAUGAAGAGACUCCAUGUGCACAAGGGAGGGGAGGGGGGGGGCAGUUUGAGCUCGUGGGUCCUUUAGAUUGAAAGCUGCAGAGUAGAUUUUCAUAGAAAGAGUCCUUUUGAUCAUAUCUGAAGUUUUUGAUUUGUAUUCAUCGCUCAAGUUCCUCGCACAAGUGACCUUGUAAAGUGGCGGUGUGCGGCUCCAUGCGCUCAUCAUCCCGUCUCUCUGCAGGAGGAAACACCUCAUGUGUCCUCCACUUUCCAUUCCUCGUCCUCCCCGAGCUCUUUCUGAUCCAGGACUCUCUGGCAGCAGUCGCCUGUCUGCAGAUUUAUGUGCUUCACUACAUCUGUUAAAAGCAUAAAAAGACUUUUCUGCUAAAUCGUGUCUUUUCCAGACAUCCAGACUGUGAUAUGCAAUAAGCGUUGUAACUGUGGCUGCAGCCUGCGGUUGAUCAGAAGCUAGAGACUGCUCUUAUGUUGAAGUACAGUACUAUUAUAUAGUUCUAUAUAUAUAUAUAUAUGUAAAUGGGUGGGUUUUUCUUAUUUAUGGGCACUGAGGACGUUCUGGAAGUUAAGUGCCUGCAUUUUUUGCUAAUUAGAUGUAAAAUCAGGAUUGUAAAUGGUUAAUAUAAAUAUAUAUAUAUUUACAAAAUGUAAAAAAAACUGCACAUUGAAGAAGUUUGACCUGACCAGAGCUGGACAGCGGGACACUGAGCCGCUGGACGUUUUUUAAAGGCAUCGAUCAGCCGCUGCAGCAGGAAUGUUUCAGCGUCUCUCCGGGUGGAUCUAUGAAAUGUUUGAACUCCUCGCUGUGGAGGAACUUUUGAAGGUGCAACAUUUGAAACUGAGAGGCGUCAAAACAUUCGGAUUACUUUGAUCUUUUCCUGAGGCUAGUACCCUUCACUUAAUUGGAAAUCAAAUAAAGGUACUGCUGACCCCUAA